GCCCAAUUUCCCACGACUUGAACGUACCAUCACAAUCCCGAUUUCUCCAUCUUCCUCCAACCAGGCAAAGGACCAACCUGCGUCUUCCUGCCAGCGGAAUAUUUUCACCGCUAACAUACACUCCAACAAGACUUAAAGGACCACAACCAUGACGGACUCCAAAUAUUUCACCACGAACAAAAAAGGGGAGAUCUUUGAAUUGAAGGCAGAGCUGAACAAUGAGAAGAAGGAGAAGAGAAAAGAGGCAGUAAAGAAGGUCAUUGCCGCCAUGACUGUUGGCAAGGACGUCAGUUCUUUAUUCCCAGAUGUGGUCAACUGCAUGCAGACCGACAACCUGGAGCUGAAGAAGUUGGUCUACCUGUACCUAAUGAACUACGCCAAGAGCCAGCCUGACAUGGCCAUCAUGGCCGUUAACAGCUUUGUCAAGGACUGUGAGGACCCCAACCCUUUGAUCCGGGCUCUGGCCGUCCGCACCAUGGGCUGCAUCCGGGUGGAUAAGAUCACAGAGUACCUGUGCGAGCCGCUGAGGAAGUGCCUGAAGGACGAGGACCCGUACGUGAGGAAGACUGCAGCCGUCUGUGUCGCCAAGCUCCACGACAUCAAUGCCCAGAUGGUGGAGGACCAGGGUUUCCUGGACUCCCUGAGAGAUCUCAUCGCUGACUCAAAUCCCAUGGUUGUGGCCAAUGCGGUUGCUGCCCUGUCAGAGAUCAGCGAGUCUCACCCCAACAGCAACCUGCUGGACCUCAACCCCCAGAACAUCAACAAGCUGCUGACGGCUCUCAACGAGUGCACGGAGUGGGGACAAAUCUUCAUCCUGGACUGCUUGUCCAACUACAACCCGAAGGACGAGCGCGAGGCUCAAAGCAUCUGUGAGCGCGUCACUCCUCGGCUCUCUCACGCCAACUCGGCGGUGGUGCUGUCGGCCGUCAAGGUGCUGAUGAAGUUCCUAGAGCUGCUGCCUAAAGACUCCGACUACUACAACACUUUGCUGAAGAAGUUAUCCCCCCCGCUGGUCACCUUGCUCUCUGGAGAGCCAGAGGUCCAGUAUGUGGCUCUGAGGAACAUCAACCUCAUUGUGCAGAAAAGGCCCGAGAUACUGAAGCAGGAGAUCAAGGUGUUCUUCGUCAAGUACAACGAUCCGAUCUAUGUGAAACUGGAGAAACUGGACAUCAUGAUCCGCUUGGCUUCUCAAGCCAACAUCGCCCAGGUUUUGGCUGAACUGAAGGAAUACGCCACAGAGGUAGACGUCGACUUUGUGCGCAAGGCUGUACGAGCCAUCGGACGCUGUGCCAUCAAAGUGGAGCAAUCGGCCGAGCGUUGUGUCAGCACUCUGCUGGACCUGAUCCAGACUAAGGUCAACUAUGUGGUCCAGGAAGCUAUCGUGGUCAUCAGGGACAUUUUCCGCAAAUACCCCAACAAGUAUGAGAGCAUCAUUGCGACGCUGUGUGAGAAUCUGGACUCUCUGGACGAGCCUGACGCUCGAGCUGCCAUGAUCUGGAUCGUCGGCGAGUACGCUGAGAGGAUCGACAACGCCGACGAGCUGCUCGAGAGCUUCCUCGAGGGCUUCCAUGAUGAGAGCACCCAGGUCCAGCUCACUCUGCUGACUGCCAUCGUGAAGCUGUUCCUCAAGAAGCCGUCAGAGACCCAGGAGCUGGUGCAGCAGGUCCUCAGCUUGGCCACUCAGGACUCUGACAACCCUGACCUGCGUGACAGAGGCUACAUCUAUUGGCGCCUGUUGUCCACUGACCCUGUCACCGCCAAAGAGGUGGUGUUAUCGGAGAAGCCCCUGAUCUCGGAGGAGACCGACCUGAUCGAGCCCACCUUACUGGACGAGCUCAUCUGCCACAUCGGCUCCCUGGCCUCCGUCUACCACAAACCCCCCAGCGCCUUUGUGGAGGGCAGCCACGGGAUCCACCGAAAACACCUCCCGGUUCAGCACAGCAGCAUCGACACAGGCGAGAGCCCGGUGAGCAGCGGGGCAGCGCCUGACAUGGAGCAACACGUGAUCCCCAUCCAGGGCGACCUGCUGGGAGACCUGCUCAACCUGGACCUGGGCCCCCCGGUCAAUGUGCCCCAGGUCUCCUCCAUGCAGAUGGGGGCGGUGGACCUUCUGGGAGGAGGCCUGGACAGUUUGCUGGGGGGAGACCUGGGCGGAGGUGUUGGGGGAAGUCCAGCAGUGGGACAGAACUUCAUCCCGUCAUCUGUCCCCAGUACUUUCGCUCCGUCACCUACACCUGCGCCUCCAGCUGUCAGCAGCGGCCUCAACGACUUGUUUGAGCUUUCCACAGGCAUGGCCGUCACCACUGGAGGCUAUGUUGCCCCGAAAGCAGUUUGGCUGCCUGCCGUGAAAGCCAAGGGUCUGGAGAUCUCUGGGACCUUCUCCCGCCGUCAGGGCCACAUGUACAUGGACAUGACCUUCACCAACAAGGCCCUGCAACACAUGACCGACUUCGCCAUCCAGUUCAACAAGAACAGCUUUGGGAUGAUCCCCACUAGUCCUCUGCCCAUUCACACUCCACUGAUGCCCAGUCAGAGCAUUGAGAUCUCUUUACCUAUUAACACUAUUGGGCCAGUCAUGAAGAUGGACCCGCUCAACAAUCUGCAGGUUGCCGUAAAGAACAGCAUUGAUGUUUUCUACUUCAGCGUCCUCAUCCCACUCAACAUAUUCUUUGUUGAGGAUGGAAAAAUGGAGCGACAGGUGUUCCUGGCGACCUGGAAAGACAUCCCCAAUGAGAACGAGCUGCAGUACCAGAUAAAGGAGUGUCAUCUAAAUGCAGACACGGUGUCAGGGAAGCUUCAGAACAACAACAUCUACACUAUUGCCAAAAGAAACGUAGAAGGUCAGGACAUGCUGUACCAGUCCCUGAAGCUGACCAACGGCAUCUGGAUCCUGGCCGAGCUCCGCAUUCAGCCCGGCAACCCCAACUACACGCUGUCCCUGAAGUGUCGGGCCCCCGAGGUGUCCCAGUACGUCUACCAGAUGUACGACUCGGUGCUGAAGAACUGAUCUGCUCCACCACUUAGCAAAUCCUGCUUCAUCCUGACGGCGAAACCACAGUGUUUUAUCAUUUCACUGCCAAAACAAGAGAGUCCAAAACGGUCAGCGGUGAAUGCUGAAUAAUCCGAACGGGUGGCGUUAGAGGCGUUGUGAUCACAUUUCCCUUGUUUUGGCAGUUGAAAGCUUUAUUCAGCUCCACAUUUAGAUUUUUACCUCCCAGAGAAAAAUCAAUUCCAUCCUUAACUUCGGUGUCUUAAUGUCGUGAAGAAGUGACCAGUGAUAAAAUUGUCCUCUCCAGUUUCCACGAAGCCAUUGAUUUAUUUUAUUUCAUUUUAUUUUUGUACUUUACACAUGUUUCGGUUCAGAUUAUUAUUUUUUUUUUUUUUAUUUGAUACCGUCGUUGCUUCAGCUGUACCUUCAAAAUAAUUCCAGUGACUGAUUUUUCUUCAUGUGCAUGAAGAGACAAAACCCGACAGGCGUCUUUUCCUGUCGCGAGUUAAUUUACGAGAUUUAGAUACAAACAACAACUUUUUAGUGUAAACGCAGACCAGAGAAGACGAGUAAGAGCUUGAGAACCUCCUUGUCAUUUGAGGUUUAUGUAAAAUUGGUGAAGGUGACAAAAAAAAAAUGAAAAGAAACAUCCAUUCCCAUCUAUUAAAAGACACUCCAUUUCAGCUACUUGUAUUAUUUUUUUGAUGAUUUCAGGUUCAAAUAAAAAUAAAUAAAUAAAAAAAAAAGUAGAAAACUGUGAACUUUAAAACUUUUGGGCCAUAAACGUUCGAGAAGCUUCUGAUCGGCAGACGACACAUCUGUGAAUGAGAGUUCUUGUCUCGCCGUCGUAUCCAACAGCUUUUUACAACCACUACACAAACCACAGCAGCUGUUCCGUUGAUUCUGUGUUUACUCACCAGUGCCACUCCUUUUUUUUUUUUUUUUUUAUGAAUUUAUUCCUCGUGUCACUCUUUAGCCCGGUUACUGCAACCACAUACACGGCUUAAUACACCUCUAACAGCAUUCCUAUUUAUUGUGCAUCUACCUCUGUGUGUUUCCUUUUGUUGCUUCCCAUUCAGAAAAAAAAAUAAUCACACUUUCUUUGAACGCCAGUGUUGUUUUUGUGUGUGUGUGUGUGUAAUCUUCAUGCCAGUCCAAAUUUGUGGCGGGUCAGCCAAACCAAACUCACAGGACCAAGCAAAUUAAAUGCCAAGCUUGUGUUUUAGUGCUUCGGUGUCAUUAGAGCCUCCUUGAAGUUGGCGUUGUGUGUGUGUUUGUGUGUGUGUGUGUGUCUGUUUGCGUGUGUGUGCGCUAUGUAAGCGUUAGGAUGCAAACCGAGGAGCUGUAGUGUAGUCCAGUGAUGGUGUAGUUUCUGUAGCUAAUGACUUUAAAAUGUUUUAUCAUUUCCCCGGAAAUAGAAUAAAACGAAGGCUUCACGUAUUCAACGAUCAGUGAUAACGUAAAAAAAAAAAAACAACAAAAAAAAAAGAAUAAAUACAUUAAUGUGCCUGCAUGCGCUCGCUGUCAUUUUACCCUUUAUUCUCUCCGGCUGUGGAUUUGCUUCAGUUUAACACGAACCCCCACGUCUCCGCGGUAGAGCUCAUGUUUUUUUUGUUUUUUUUUUUUUGUUUUUUUCCAAACACAAACAGACUUGUAUCCAGAGCUGUUGCUAAAAGUACAGAGAGAACGUACGGUGAGAUCUCUCGUAGCGUCUUAAUGAAAUGAAAUAUUUCUAGCAUCGUUGCUGUAACCCUGUUGUAAAUGAUUUGUUAUUGUCAUAGUAUCACAUCUUUAUGUCAAUAAAUUGUCAAACACA